AUGGAUGAGAAUGCAACUAAAGUGACUUUCUGGUUUUGUGCUUCACAAGUAGACUUAAAUGGUGACAUACAUUCAAUUAGGGACAAUAAUGAUGUUAAAUUGAUGAAUAAAACAUAUUGGGGUUUGGCAACAAGGAUAAUAUAUGCUUGCAGUGGGGAUAAUUCUUUUGAAAAGCCACUAGAAUAUGGUAGGGACAAUGUAUUGGAGCCAAAUUCGACAAUAGAUGCAUCAACAUCAAAUAAAUGUGCAGAUGGGGUACAUAACACCAAAAUAGACAGCGAGGAUGAUGUAGUACAUAACAUAGAGACUUUAGAAAAAAAAGAAGAUGGGAUCCUAUCACAAGCUGAAGCAGUGAACAGUAAAAAUGGUGAAGAAAAAUCAAUAGAAGAAGGAGCACCACAUACACCAGAAGAAGAUUGGCAGAAGUUUUUCAAUUUCAUAGUUUUUAGAUAUGUGUUGGUCGAAUGGUUGGUAAGAAAGAGAUAUGAGGUUGAAUGGGUAAAAAAUUACUCAAAAAAGAUUAUUGCCAAGUGUGCAAAGGGCUGUUCUUGGAGGAUUCGUGCAACACCAAUCCAAGGUGAAACUACUUUUCAAAUUACAUCAUUGAAAGGUCAGCAUGUUUGUGUUAGAUAUUACAACAACAAGCAUACAACAAUCAAGUAUUUGAGUGCGAAGUACCAAGACAAAAUAAGAUGUAACUCGAAGUGUGCCGUGAAUGAAUUUCAGAAUGUUAUUAGAAGAGAUUUAAUGAUUAACGUGUUCGUUGCCAAGAUACGCAGAGUAAAGAGAAAGGGAAAAGAUGAGAUGUUUGGCAUAGAUAUGGAGCAAUAUCACCACCUUUGGAGUUAUGCAGCUACAAUCCGACAGACAAAUCCUGAUAGCACUGUCAAGAUUAAGAUUGAUACAGCAGAAGAGGGUUCACAAGGAAUAUUUGAAAGACUGUAUUACUGCCUUCAUGCUUGCAAACAGGGGUCCUCGAUGGCUAUACCAAUAAUUGGUCUUGAUGGGUGUUUUUUGAAAUAUGCAUUUGGUGGUCAAUUGUUGUCAGCAAUUGGUAGAGAUGACAAUGAGAACAUGGUUCCAAUAAUAGUAGCAGUGGUAGAGAUAGAGAGGUUUUGCUUGAGGCAUAUGUACCAAAAUUUUAAACAAAAGUCCAAAGGAAAAGAGUUGAAAGACUUGUUCUGGGCAGCUGUAAGUGCUAGGAAUGAAAUAGACUGGAAAUUAGCAAUGAAUUCCCUUGAAAAAGCUUCAAAGGAUGCAGCUGAAUGGCUACAAAAAAUGCCACCAGUUUUAUGA